GUGUGCUCGCAAACACACACACGGACCUGCUGCUGAUUCAGAAUGAGAAGAGGAACCGAGAGCACUUCGUAGUUUCCUGCCAAGUGUGCAGAAAGUCUAGGUCAGGUUCACACACACACACACACACGCAAGUACACACAAGGUACACACACGAAAAAAAAAAACUCUCGCAUCCGUACAUCCCCCGCGCAAACGAUUCUCUGUCGAUGACAGUCGUAACGGAGUCAAUGGAAAAGAAAAAUUCAUUAGUCACUGUUUGUCCCUGAAUUUUUCCAACGUCAACGAUCCAACGAUUCCAACGAUCCUAUAUAAAGCAGCAUGCUGGGCUCAAAUUAACUCUCAUAAGGAUAUGAAAACUGAAAAACUGCUCCAACAAGCCAUCACUCACCUCAGAUCACUUAUUCUCAAAGAAAAGGACAAUGACAUGUUUCUCCAUUCACCAACAAAUGACAUCAAGGAGUGCUGCUCUCAGUCUGCUUUCGAGUGCUUCAGGAAAGAGCUUAACUCCACCAUCCAUAGGAAUCUACUGAAGAUGAAAUUGGCCAGAAAUCUGGGCAAGCCCACCAUCAUGAAUAGCAUGAGCACCUGCACUGAGGAAGAAAUAAAGAAAGUCCAGUGCAUGUCCUGUGACUCCUACCCGAUGGUCAGCAGCAAACAAUUUCUGAUUAAUUUACAGUCCCGUCUGCAGAAGGCUUACAGUCGCCUUUCAUAAAAUACAAGUAUGAUGAUGACGACGACGUGAAUGUGUGGACGACACUACCUCAUGAAACCCUGGUGUAAAGCACUCUGGAUCAACCCAUCUAUUUAUUGCCUAUUUAUUUGUAUUUUUUCUUUUUGUAUUACAAUAGACUGAGAAAUGCCCUAAUAUUUCUAGAAUUUCUGAUAUGUUGGCAGUGUGUUUAGCAGUUUUCUUACUGCUAAUUUAGAUUAAUACUGUGUUCACAUUGCGGGUAAAUGUAUUGUAAUGUACAUAUAUACUGCAAUGUAUAGUAUUAACAAUUAUAAACCAGUACAAGAGAGAAGACUCAGAACAAGACCUGCUGCUAUAGCACCUCCUAAUGUAUGGGCAAACUAAUUACAGUUUUGUACUUGCAUGCUCACUUCUCCCAAGACAUCAAAAAAAGUUUGUUUUACACUGUCAACUGAAGAAUCUUCAAGACUGAGAUAACCAAUUAUGUCUCAUACUGAGACCUUAUGUAUUACAUAGUUACCCUGUUGUACUUAAUGCAUUUUUCUAUUGUUUUCUAUUUAUUUACUAUUAAAAGUAUUUUGCUGAAAUCAUAACUGUGGAUCUUGGUAAUUUCUCUCACAAAACCCCUAACAAGUUACAAGUAUA